AAACAUCGAUGUUUUGAACUCAUCGAUGCAUCGUUUGCAUCCCUAAUCCGGUCAUUAAACCCCAAAUUUAACAAACAGUUUUGAUUUGAAAUGCGUGAAACAAAAUAGCAUUUUACCUUUGUUAAAGGAAGUUACAGCAGGGGAUCAUUUGGGAAUUGUCAUUGCUUUGAUCAUCAUAUAAUAUUGGAAGAUUUGCAGAAACAUGCCUGUGGAUAUUAAUCGAUUAACUGAUGGUUGGCUGGAACUUGAGUCCGACCCUGGAUUGUUUACUUUGCUCUUAGAGGAUUUUGGUGUGAAAAAUGUUCAAGUGGAAGAAGUGUAUGACCUUCAGAAACCAAUAGAUGGUCCAGUGUACGGUUUUAUUUUUCUUUUUCGUUGGAUGGAGGAAAGAAGAGCAAGAAGGAAAAUAGUAGAGGCUACUGCUGAAAUAUUUGUAAAGGACGAAGAAGAAGUUUCUAGUAUAUUUUUCGCUCAGCAAGUCGUUCCAAACAGUUGUGCUACACACGCUUUAUUAUCUGUGCUUCUUAAUAGUAACGACGCGGACUUGCAACUUGGAUCUACACUAAGUCGUUUGAAGGCUCAUACGAAAGGUAUGUGUCCUGAAAAUAAGGGAUGGGCAAUUGGAAAUACACCAGAGCUGGCCUGCGCCCAUAACUCGCAUGCUAUGCCACAAGCAAAACGUAGAUUAGACAGAGGCGCUGCAUCAGGCGUUUCGACUGGACGUUUUACCGGAGAAGCAUUUCAUUUUGUUAGCUACGUUCCUAUAAGCGGUCAUUUAUUUGAAUUGGAUGGAUUGAAACCAUAUCCAAUUGACCACGGCCCAUGGGAGGAGAAUGAGGAUUGGACUGAGAAAUUUCGGCGAGUAAUGGCAGAGCGUUUGGGAAUCGCUACGGGUGAACAAGAUAUUCGCUUUAAUUUAAUGGCUGUGGUACCCGAUAGGCGAAUAGCCAUAACGCACAAACUAAAAAUGUUGCGAACAAAUCAAGCUAUUGUAUCUGGAACCCUUCAAAAGCUUUUAAAGUCAAGCGGUCCAGAUUGUGUAAAAUCUACGAAACUAGAUAUUGAAUCUUCUGAUAAUGGAUCAUACCAAAUCGGUUCUCCCCCCUCGCCCGUUUUGGAGACGAAUGCAUUUACGAUUCGCGAUUUACAAUCGUUACUCAAGAACCUGGACACAGAAAUUGCCAUAUGCGAACAACAGCUAAAUGAUGAAAACGACAAGAGGUAUAUGUUCAAAGUAAGUUGCAUUUGCCAAAGAAUAAAAUUUAUAGGUAUUUUAAAAUACGUUAAAACGGGUGUUGGUGGAGUUAGAGGGCGAUUUCCUAAACAUGAAGUUGCUCUAAAAAGCUAUCUGCAGCUUCAUAGAAAUCACAAGCAGUAUUUUUUAUAAUUUUUGUUGGGCGAG